UUAAAAUUGUGUGUCUAUAUAAUACGCAACACCCGUAAAGAACGUAAAUAAAAUGUAUUGAUGCGUUCAACAGAUUUAUUUUUUAGACUAGGAAGUAUUAUAUGAAAUGGUUUCUAUUGUGAAUACUUAAUGACAGGGCAUACAUUUUUUAUUAUAAGCUGUGCAUGACAUAUGGAGUACCUUUUGUUUUAUAUCUUCUAUAUUAUAGCAUUAUCGUGUGUUUUGUCAAUAAAACAUGAGCAUAGACAGUUGGUAUACAAGGAGCAUGAAAUCGUAAAGAGACAAAGUGCACCUCCAGACAACGAAACAACGAUAACAGACACCCAUGACUAUUACACAUCUAGAAUUAUAUCUGAUCCAGAUGAAGCCUACUGGAAUGAAUUGGAAGGACACACGAAACAUACCCUAUCUAAUGACCACCAUCUUCGAUACUCGUUUGUUACAGUGUCAUUUCAAUUUCCCUUUUACGGACACCUGAUGAAUAGAUUUGCAAUCACAACACAAGGAUUUCUUUAUAUGAGUACUUUUACUCACCCUGAUUUAGACUGGGCGUUUACCCAUUAUAUUGCACCGUUAAUGGGGAACUUUGACACCAUUGGGAAUGACUCACACAUUCUGUACAAAGACGAUGGACACAGUUUUGUUAUAGAAUGGAGAAAUGUUGAACUAAAUGACCAACCUGAGAAAGGGGCCUACACCUACCAGGCCACACUUUUUGAAAAUGGUACAAUAUUAUUAGCUUAUAAGUCAAUUCCAGAUACGAAUAUAUCUGGUCAGGAAUGGCCGGUUAAAGUUGGUAUAUCGGACGCUUACUACUAUGAUCGGGAAUUCUAUUUUGGAGGAUACAUCAGAUAUAUAGUUAAAUACCAUGACAUAAAAAUAAAUGUGACAGACCUUGGUGAUAACACUGCUGUUGUAUUGGAUCCUUUACCGACUUGUAAUCAAGCUAGAACAUGUGAAGAUUGUACAUCAUUGAAUAUUGGGUUUAACUGUUCUUGGUGCCAUGCAGUAUCAAGGUGUUCUGAUGGAAUAGACAGGCAUAUGCAGGCAUGGGAAAAUAAUGGCUGUGCAAAUAAUGGCUUUGAUACAUUGGAUAAAUGCACGAUACCACCAACAACAAUCCAAUCUACAACAACGACAAAACCAACAACUACGAGAAUGCUACAGACAACAAUAGCAUCACCAAGGAAACAACCCCAAAGUGAUGCAGUUCGUUCCAGUGAUAGUUCCAAUUCUGCAGUAAUAGCUAUACCAAUCGUACUAUUUGUAGUGAUUAUUGUUGUCUUACUUGGUGUUUGGAUAUUUUAUGCACGCACCCAUCCUAAUACUAGAUCCGGUAUAUGGUUGAUUGAGAAUUCUCCACGGAGGAUAAAAGAAAAGAUUUCUGAGAUAUCAUUUUUCAAGAACUCAUCCAAAGAAGAUAGUGUGCGCAUAAAAUCUAAAUACGAGGCUCACGAAAAUAUAAGCAACGCUUGAUUUUGCAAAGUUUCUUGGUGUAAGAUGGUGUCGUCGAUUUAAUUGUAUUGUAAUCAUUUUCUGCUAUAAACAAAUAUGUAUCAUAUUAAACAACUUAUAAAGUGAACCAAGUUAAUUAAGAACGUGUAUUUUAUGAUUCAAUGAAUCCAAUAUAAAUUAUGUUUAUAAACAUAAGUCAAUUUGUCCUUGUGCUAUGGUCAAUUAAUAUGUGCCACUAGAAUAUUUCAGUGUGGAACUAGAGUACUUUCUUAUAUUAGCAGAGGCGAGAAUUUGACGGGUUUUUUUGUAAACUCUUGUGUAGUUUGCUUGAUAAAUAUUCAACACUUGCAAAAUACUAUCUCACACAGACGAGAAAUAUUUCAACAUUGUUAUAAAAUUAUAAGUUUCUAUGAAAGGUAUGCAACAACUAACACAAAUAAUAUUUUUUAAAAGUUUUCAAAUCUUUUAAUUAAUAAAGUCGCCCAUAUCACAGCUUCAUGUGAGUACUUUAAUGUUUUACUUCUUUUCUGAAGCAUGUGACCACAUUAUCAAUGUCAAAAGAUACUGGGGCUUGUGAUAAGAUUUUGGCAAAUAUGGGUGUAUGUCAAAAAUAGCGAAAAGACCAUAAUGAGUCUUUACCAUCACCUAUUCUAUCAUUUUAUUCUAUCAGAACAAUAUCCACGAAUUCAGCAAUUUUCUGUAG